CCCUUCCUUUCUAAAAUAAAUAAAAACAUUUUAAACAAGUUACAUUGUAUCUAAAAAUCUAAAAUAUUAUUGCAUCAUAGUAGCUGCUGAAUAAUUAGUAAAUUCUCAUGGCAUAUUUCUCAUUAACUGUAUUUAUCUUUUGCUUAUGAACAGAAAUUCUUGUUUUUGCCAUGCUAAAUAAUAUGGUAUUUCAAUACUUUUAAUUUAUAUAACUGUCUUUGCAUCUGCCUUGUCUUCAUCGCCGUCAUACCUUAGACUUCCUCCGAUAGACUAAUAAACUAACUUCUCUGUCACUUAUUUCCUACCUGGUCCCUCUCCAGUCUCCUGUUCUUUCUCUGAAGCACACUUACGUUGUUUGUGUUUCUAGUUGUCUGAAAGUAUGACACGUGUACGCGUCAAUGAGGAGCCGCCUUGAGCCCGGCGCGCGCUCACUGUUCUGUCUUCCUUUUCCCUCCUCCCGCAGUUCUCAUGGGAAGGGUUUUUUAGACAAGGACGCUGCAGCUUCCUAGGUCUUGUCCCCUGCAGCACUUAGUUCGCUGCCUGGAAAUAAGAGGUAUUCAAAUAUUUUACAAUGAUUGUACGUCUUUUCAUUAAAUUAGUAUUGUCCUUUUUUUAAAAAGUCCUGAUUGAUUUAAAAUUAUAGGCAGACAUGACUGUCAUAUACACAUGGUGCUGUCUGUUGAUUUUAUGUAUAUUUUAAAACUUCCAAAUGUAAAAUUUUGAAGUAAAAGCAGAUGUUUCACAAUUGGGAUUUUCUUGGUCAGAUUUUAAUAAAAAACAAUGCAUAGUAGUUUUAAGUGUUUAUUUUACGUAUUACUCCUCAGAGGGUUCUUUAGAUACAAGUAAUGAAAACUUUUGAAGUGACUUUAGAGAUCGAUAUCUAGUAGGGUUUUAUUUUGUUUAUUUAUGGAGCUCCUUUUAUUUUACAUUGUAAUCUAUGGGUUAGGUUUUCAAGUGGCUAGUAUGUUUUAAAAGAAUGUACUCUUAACAAAGCUUAUCUUAAACUGUUUCCUUAAAAUGCCUGUGUGUUACUAGUGAGGUUUUUUUCCUGCAGACACACACAAGCUAAGACAUAUGGUUCUAUCAUCAGAAAACAAUAUGGUGUUUAUAGCCUAGAUACGUAGGUAACCUCUCCAGAGAUGUCACAGAAGUCCUUAUACUUCAGUUAUUCAGUCAGAUUGGACCUUGUAAAAGCUGUAAAAUGAUAACAGAGCAACCCGAUAGCAGAAGGGUCAACUCUUCUGUUGGAUUUUCUGUUUUGCAGCAUACAAGCAAUGACCCAUAUUGCUUUGUGGAAUUUUAUGAACACAGAGAUGCAGCUGCUGCAUUAGCUGCUAUGAAUGGGAGAAAAAUUUUGGGAAAGGAGGUCAAAGUAAACUGGGCAACAACACCAAGUAGCCAGAAAAAAGAUACUUCCAAUCACUUCCAUGUGUUUGUUGGGGAUUUGAGUCCAGAAAUUACAACAGAAGAUAUCAAAUCAGCAUUUGCCCCCUUUGGUAAAAUAUCGGAUGCCCGAGUAGUUAAAGACAUGGCAACUGGAAAAUCCAAAGGCUAUGGUUUUGUAUCUUUUUAUAACAAACUGGAUGCAGAAAAUGCAAUUGUGCAUAUGGGAGGUCAGUGGUUGGGUGGUCGUCAGAUCAGAACCAAUUGGGCCACACGUAAACCGCCUGCCCCUAAAAGUACACAAGAAAAUAACACUAAGCAGUUGAGAUUUGAAGAUGUAGUAAACCAGUCAAGUCCAAAAAAUUGUACUGUGUACUGUGGAGGAAUUGCUUCUGGGUUAACAGAUCAGCUUAUGAGACAGACAUUCUCACCAUUUGGACAAAUCAUGGAAAUAAGAGUUUUUCCAGAGAAGGGCUAUUCAUUUGUCAGAUUUUCAACCCAUGAAAGUGCAGCCCAUGCCAUUGUUUCGGUGAAUGGUACUACAAUUGAAGGACAUGUUGUUAAAUGCUAUUGGGGUAAAGAAUCUCCUGAUAUGACUAAAAACUUCCAACAGGUCGACUAUAGUCAGUGGGGUCAGUGGAGCCAAGUUUAUGGAAACCCACAACAGUAUGGACAGUAUAUGGCCAAUGGGUGGCAAGUACCGCCUUACGGAGUAUACGGGCAACCAUGGAAUCAACAAGGAUUUGGAGUAGAUCAAUCACCUUCUGCUGCUUGGAUGGGUGGAUUUGGUGCUCAGCCUCCACAAGGACAAGCUCCUCCCCCUGUAAUACCUCCUCCUAACCAAGCUGGAUAUGGUAUGGCAAGUUACCAAACACAGUGAGCUGGGACUCUAAACAAAAUUGUAAUUCAUGAUAGCUUCAGUUUCCUGUGACACUCUGAAGACAUGGAAGUAGACAUCGGAACAUGAAAAUAUUUAUUUUAAAAAUUGAAAUGUUUGGAACCUUUAGCACAGCUUUGCUUUGGUGAAGGACACAUGUCUUCUAGUCCUGCCUUUUUAAGUUUUUGUUCAUGAUGGAUAUGAACAUGAUUUUUCUUUGUGUACAAAAACUAAAUAAAGUCAAUAAAGACAAUUCUGACUACAAAUUUUGAUAUAAUAGGAAAAAUGGGUAAUACAUUUUGAUUACUAGAUACUAUUCCAUUUUUAUCUUGCUGUUCAGUAUUUUAACUCACUGUUUUUAAAAGAGCAAAAAAAGGGAGGAUCAUGAGAACUGGGAAUCACAUAUAAGUUCAUCCUGAAUCUUGGUACCCCCUCCCUUACCCUGAGGUGGACCACAUUCGAAGUCAGCAGAAAGAGUGUGAUAUUGAGAAGAAAUGCGUGGUUUUGGAGUCGCUUUGGAGGAAAUACUUACUUUAUGCUUAAAGAAACUGAAGCCAGACUGAUAAAGAAAUUUUGCAACCUAAAUAAGGAACAGCAAUGUCUGAGCUACUUGAGCCAAUGUUGGUGAUCCACAUAUUUUUAAGACUUUAAAAAGUGUUGAUUAUUAAAACUGUAGUAUAUUACAUUUCAUUUGGGGGGGAAAUUCCAAGUAUGGUGUUUGUAUUAAAGUCAGACAGUCAUACUUAUGCUUUUACAUGAAGUUUAAAUGAUAUACAUUGUAAAUAUUAACUACAGUGUUUAAAAAGCAUGCUUCAGCAUAGAAGUAGCAAUGUAAUUAUUUGAAGUAACACUUAACACACUCCACUGCAUUGAAUGUAGUGGAUUGAUAAGAAUGUUUAAGACUGACAUUUCCAAGGUUGGCUACUAUGUAAAAUUAAAAUUAUACAAAUUACUAUACAGAAAAAGCCUUAAUUUUAAUUUCAUACAAAUCUUUGAUGCAUUAGGACAUUUUAAAAUGCCACUGGAAAUUAGAUUUUUCUUUGCUUUUUCUUUUUCUUUACAUCACUUGGUAUGUAAAUACCUUGAUUAAAACCUUGUAAACCAUUUCAAGGUUCCUAUAAAUUGUAUAAUACAAGUGUUUUUUAAAAAAAUCUUGGGGUGUUUUUUAAAAUUAGAUAUAUUUUGCCCAAGAAUUUUUUAAACAAGAUUGCUAAAACAUCUUAUUUAGACAGUUCAAUGUACCAAUUUAUAAUUGGAUAUUCAGCUUAAAUAGUACACAGAGUUGUGACUUUUAUUUUUAAUUAAUUUGUUUCUCUUGUAUGGGUAGCGUGCAUGGGAUGACAAGCCUGAACAGAGGCUGAGUUGUGUAUGAGUGCAGUCUGUUUUGAAUUAGUUGGGAAGGUGGAUAAGAUUGAGGUUUGUUUCUGAGGUAUUUUUCAGGCUGUGUGGUUAAAAUCUGCCUCAAAUUUUUAUCAUAACAAGAAUGUAAAAGAUAAAAUCCUCUGUAUUUGAAUUUUGACAGCUAGGGGGUGCAAAUGUUUAGGCAAUAUAUUUGAAAUGUUUUGAGGCCUGGGCAAAACGAGAAAACCCUUUAUAGUUAAGUAGUAAGUUGCAAAAUGAGAAAACCCUUUAUAGUUAAGUAGUAAGUUGCAACUAAUACCCACAGAUUACUAUUUAAACUUUUGAAGUCUUAAAAUUAGCUUUGAAAUAAUGAUGGUUUUAUAAAUUGGUAACCACAAUGAUUUUGGUAUUAUUUUCCUUCUUCCCUCAUUUAGAAAUAUAGCCAAUGUUACUAAACCUGAAAAUUCAGAGUCUGAAGUUCACCUUUGGGCCAAAUUUUUUAUGGCACUUUAGUUUUUGAACCACAGUAGUCAUCUAAUACACUCUAUUAUAAAAUUUACCCUUAUUUCUUUUGUUUAUGGUUAGUGUCUUUGGGGGAUGUUGUGGAAAAGUUAUUUUAUAUUUUAUAAGAACACUCAAAUUAUAUCAAUUAUGCCUCCUAGUAAAAAAUUUCUUGAAUAUAUGUGAAACUUGAACAAUUAAAGAUUUUUUAAAAAAUAUAUUGAUAAAAGCCUAUUAAAUUCUCAGUUUGCCUUUUUUGAUCUGCCAUUAAAUUAAGUAGUUUAUUAUGAUAACAGCUAAAAUACAGCUGUUUCCUAGUUGUAUAUUCUAUGAGUUAAUAAAAUUACAAAAGGACUAAUUAUAUUGCCAUAGUAAACAUAUGACUAAAGUGUCCUUUGUCUUAGUCUGAAAGAACAGAAUUUCAUCAUCAGUUCAGUUAGUGGAAGUUACUUCAUAGUAAAUGGUUUUUUAAAUAUCCAAAUAAAAUGCACCAUUUUAGAAGAAAACUGUGAAGCUAACACAGACUCAUAACAGUGAAGUCAGUACUAUCUUGACCCAAUUUAAGCCUAAGAAUUGUUGCCUUUUCCGUGUUCGUUAGAAACAGCAGCAGAGGUCCUCUGGCAUGCAAGUAAUGUUUCUUAUUUUGUAAUUAUUUUGAGGUUGAUUUUGGUGAUGUUUUUGAUUGCCAUCUUCUUUGCUCUAAUCUCUCUACUAGUAUUUCCCCCAUGGCAUUCCCACUUGACUUUUAUGUCUGCUGGCAGUGACAGGCUAAAAUGACUGGCCAACUUAAGCCAAAGCUGUAAACCACAGUUGUAGGUCUUUCAAUAAAGACUAGACUAUAUGAUAA